AUGCCAUGUAAUAGGAUUGUUGUGUUGUACUAUACUGAAGUGGGCGAUUGUAAUACAGUUUGGAGUCAAGCAUCUUUUGGGUGCCAAGGUUUGGAUGGUGCAGACAAUGGGGUGGAAUAUGAAACUGGGGUGCAAGAUGAAACUGGGGUGGAAGAUAAUGUUGAUGUUGAAGAUAAAGAUGCAGCUGAGGUUGUAGACAGUAAAGAAGAUGAUGGAGAAUUUUUUGAUAGUGAUUACGAGUUCAAUGAAGAAGAAUUUGGGUUUAAGACAGUUGAAGUGCCUGUUCAUGAAGGGGCAGAGGACACUAUGAAUGAUAGCAAUGAGGGGCCUGCUUUUGAAGCUCCUGGAGAGGUGUCAUCAGAUGGUGAGCACACCUCAAAUUUUGAUACUGAAAGUGAGGGUGAUGAGGAUGAUAUGGAAGGAGAUAAUGAAGGGACAAGUAAGGUUCUUAAAGAGGCACUCAGCAAGAUUAAGAGAAACACAGAUUGGAAUCUGAAAGCUUUUCAAGGAGAAGUUUUGGAGUCCUAUCAUGUGAGGGUGUCCAAAACUCAAGUAUAUAGGGCAAAGAGAUUGGCUAAAGCACAAAUUGAAGGAAACUACAUACAGCAAUAUGCACGGUUCUGGGACUAUGUAGAGCAGUUGAAAAAUACCAACAAAGGUAGUACAGUGAAAAUUAAGUGUGAUCUAGUUGGGGGUGAAGCAAUAUUUCAAAGAAUUUAUGUCCGUCUGGCUGCUUGUAAAAAAGGGUUUUUAGCAAGGUGCAGGCCUGUAAUUGGGGUUGAUGCUUGCCAUUUGAAAGGUCCUUAUCCUGGGCAAAUAUUGACUGCUGUAGGAGUUGAUGGUAAUAAUGGUCUUUUCCCAAUUGCAUAUGUUGUGGCUGAGAUUGAAAACAAGGACUUGUGGAUUUGGUUUCUGUCUUUAUUGAUUGAAGAUUUAGGUAUUACAAAUGGUUUAUCCUGGGCUUUCAUAAGUGAUCAGCAAAAGGGGCUCAUACCUGCCAUUACACAUGUACUACCAACUGCAGAGCAUAGGAUGUGCGUCCGGCACUUGUACAAUAAUUUUAGAGCAACACAUCUUGGUCUCACUCUUAAACACAUGUUGUGGGCAGCUGCCAGAGCCACUACUAUUCCUUGGUGGGAAGCAGAAAUGGAGAAGAUGAAGGAAGAGGACUUGGAAGCUUGGAAAUGGUUGGUGCAGAGACCACCCAAUAAUUGGACUAGAUCUCAUUUUCGUCCACGUUAUAAGUGUGAUCUUUUAUUGAACAACCUUUGUGAGAGCUUUAAUGCAGCUAUAAAUGAUGCCAGAGAUAAUUCCAUUUUGACAUGUUUGGAAAGUAUUCGAAUGUAUGUAAUGCUUAGGAUGGCUAAUCGAAUGGGUGCUUGUGCUAAACGGAAACACCCUGUUGGCCCAAAGAUAUUCAAAAUAAUUGAGAAGAACAAGAUGGGAGCUUCUCAAUGCAUUCCUAGUUUGGCUGAGGAGAAAAUGUAUCAAGUCAGUCACAUGUAUGAUGGGGAGUUUGUUGUAGAUCUUGCAGCAAUGUGUUGUAGUUGUAGGAGAUGA